UCUUUUGCCCUCUACAUUUUCGGUUCCUGUUUCCUUUGUUUUCUUUUCCACUAGUAUAAAUCUUCUAAGAGUUUGGUGCCGUGAUGGAGAGUGCUGAUCUUUAUAAAGCAAGUAGUAGUUUACGAGCAGGAAGUUACACCACAUGGAGGAACAGCCCCAUUGAUCCGUUCUCGAGCUCUUCACGAAAUGAAGACGAUGAGGAAGCUCUUAAGUGGGCAGUUCUGGAGAAACUGCCCACCUUUGCUAGGUUGAGGAAAGGAAUACUGACCACCUCCAAUGGUGGCGCCGCUGAAAUUGAGGUUGAUAACCUCGGGUCGCAAGAAAGGAAGACUUUGGUGGAGAGGUUGGUGAAAGUCGCAGAAGAGGAUAAUGAGCGGUUCUUGAUAAAACUCAAGGAACGCAUAGACAAGGAAGAAAAAGGCAUUCUGCUGUUCUUCUGUCAAGUUUCUAGGCAACUAAACAGAGGAACUCUGUUAUGGGUCGGAAUUGAUCUUCCCACCAUUGAAGUAAGAUUUGAGAACCUGACUGUUGAAGCAGAAGCUUACGUGGGAAGUAGAGCACUGCCAACAUUGAUUAAUUUCACCACGAACAUGCUAGAGGGUUUCUUGAAUUAUCUCCAUGUUCUUCCAAGUAGAAAGAAACACUUGACCAUCCUCAAAGAUGUCAGUGGGAUUAUUAAACCAGGAAGAAUGACAUUGCUUUUGGCUCCUCCAAGUUCUGGAAAGACAACUCUCCUGCUAGCUUUAGCUGGGAGGCUUGAUCCUAAUCUCAAGUGUUGCGGAAGAGUGACGUACAACGGCCAUGGCAUGGAUGACUUUGUGCCUCAGAGAACUGCUGCGUACAUCAGUCAACAUGAUGUCCACAUAGGGGAAAUGACUGUGAGGGAAACACUAGCCUUUUCUGCAAGAUGCCAAGGGGUUGGAACCCGUUAUGACAUGUUAGUUGAGCUCUCAAGAAGAGAGAAAGCCGCAAGUAUAAUGCCUGAUCCCGACAUGGAUAUCUUCAUGAAGGCAGCGGCCAUUGAAGGGCAAGAAACCAAUGUAAUGACAGACUAUAUUCUAAAGGUUUUAGGACUAGAAGUAUGUGCAGAUACAAUGGUGGGGGAUGAAAUGGUUAGAGGCAUCUCCGGAGGACAAAAGAAACGUGUAACCACUGGGGAAAUGCUGGUUGGACCAACAAAGGCACUGUUUAUGGACGAGAUAUCUACUGGUUUGGAUAGUUCAACAACUUUCCACGUUGUGAACUCUCUCAAGCAUUAUGUUCACAUUCUUAAAGGAACUGCAGUCAUCUCUCUUCUCCAGCCAACGCCAGAGACUUACAGUCUUUUUGAUGACAUUAUCCUCCUUUCUGAUGGACAUAUUGUAUACCAAGGUCCUUGUGAUCAGGUUUUGCCUUUUUUUGAAUCCAUGGGCUUCAAGUGCCCUGAAAGAAAAGGCGUGGCAGACUUUUUACAAGAAAUGACAUCAAAGAAAGAUCAAAUGCAAUAUUGGAUAGGAAGAGACGAUCCUUAUAGGUUUGUCACCGCAAAGCAAUUUGCUGAUGCAUUCCAGUCAUUUGAGGUGGGAGUGAGACUUGUGGAUGAGCUUGCAACCCCAUUUGACAAGACCAAGAGUCACCCGGCUGCUUUGACAACAAGAAAAUAUGGUGUUAGCAGGAAAGAGUUGUUGAAGGCUUGCUUCUCAAGAGAAUUCCUUCUGAUGAGGCGAAACUCAUUUGUCUACAUCUUCAAGCUAAUCCAACUGUUGGUCAUGGCUUUCACUACUAUGACACUUUUCCAACGAACUAAGAUGAACAAAGAUACAGAAUUAGGUGGAGUAAUUUACACUGGUGCCUUGUUCUUUGGUCUGAUUGCGAACUUGUUUAAUGCAUUGGCAGAGUUGUCUAUGACCAUUGCUAAGCUUCCUGUGUUUUACAAGCAAAGAGACCUGUUAUUCUAUCCUUCGUGGGCAUUUGCUCUACCAACUUGGAUACUUAAGAUCCCUAUUUCACUUGUAGAGGUUGCCUUUUGGGUAUUCAUCACCUAUUAUGUCAUUGGCUUUGAUUCUAAUGUCGGAAGGUUGUUUAGGCAGUACCUUCUUCUCGUGGUUUUUAAUCAGAUGUCCUCUGGAUUAUUCCGUUUCCUUGCAGCAACUGGUAGAAACAUGGUUGUUGCUAAUACAUUUGGGACAUUUGCCCUAGUAACACUGUUUGCUUUGGGUGGUUUUGUCCUGUCGCGAGAACAAAUCAAGAAAUGGUGGAUAUGGGGUUACUGGAUUUCACCUUUGAUGUAUGGACAGAAUGCAAUAAUGGUCAAUGAGUUCCUUGGAAAGAGUUGGAGACGUGUUCUUUCAAACUCAACAGAAGUUCUUGGAAUCAAAGUUUUGAAGUCUCGUGGAUUUUUCACUGAUCCAUAUUGGUAUUGGUUAGGGUUCGGGGCAUUGCUUGGAUUCACAAUAUUAUUCAACCUGUGUUUCACUUUGGCUCUUACUUAUCUCAAUCCAUUUGGGAAGCCUCAAGCUAUUAUACCAGAUGAACCACAAAGUAAUGAACAAGCUGUUGAAACUGGGGGAGCUAUCCAUUUAUCUACAUAUGAAAAUAGCACCAGUAAGAAAACUGAAACUAGUGAAGUUCAAAUUACAGGAAGAAACUCAUCAUCCAAGUCCACAUCUGUGUCAUUGGCAGCUUUUGAGGUCAUUAGUAACAAGAAAAAGGGAAUGGUUCUUCCAUUCGAGCCACAUUCAAUCACCUUUGAUGACAUUACCUAUUCUGUUGACAUGCCACAGGAAAUGAAAGAGCAAGGUGUUGGUGAAGAUAAGUUAGUCCUGUUGAAUGGUGUUAGUGGUUCAUUUAGACCCAGAGUUCUCACAGCUCUAAUGGGUGUCAGUGGUGCUGGUAAAACUACUCUAAUGGAUGUACUGGCUGGUAGGAAAACUGGUGGCUACAUUUAUGGGAACAUAACAGUUUCAGGCUACCCCAAAAAGCAAGAAACGUUUGCUCGAAUAGCUGGAUACUGUGAGCAAAAUGAUAUUCACUCUCCUCAUGUUACUGUCUACGAGUCCUUGCUCUAUUCAGCUUGGCUUCGAUUGCCUCCUGAAGUUAAUGCUGAAACUAGAAAGAUUUUCAUUGAGGAAGUGAUUGAACUUGUUGAACUGAAUCCAUUACGUGAAGCACUGGUAGGAUUGCCAGACGUAAACGGUUUGUCCACUGAGCAGCGCAAGAGACUAACCAUUGCAGUUGAGCUAGUGGCAAACCCUUCUAUAAUAUUCAUGGAUGAGCCUACUUCUGGACUUGAUGCAAGAGCUGCAGCUAUUGUUAUGAGAACAGUUAGGAACACAGUGGAUACUGGAAGAACAGUUUUGUUUCUAUUGAAAAUGGGAGGACAAGAAAUAUAUGUAGGCCCAUUAGGUCACCAAUCUUCCUAUCUCAUCGAGUACUUUGAGGGAAUUCAAGGAGUCAACAAAAUCAAAGAUGGAUAUAAUCCUGCAACUUGGAUGCUAGAAGUUACCACUGCAGCACUGGAAUUAGAUUUGGGAAUUAAUUUUGCUGAAGUCUACAAGAACUCAGAGCUAUACAAGACAAACAAAGAACUCAUCAAAGACUUGAGCACACCGGCUCCUGGUUCAAAAGAACUUUAUUUUCCUACAAAGUACUCUCAGUCAUUCCUGACUCAAUUUGUAGCUUGCUUAUGGAAGCAACACUGGUCAUACUGGCGUAACCCGCUAUACACUGCCGUGAGGUUUCUUUUCACAACCAUUAUAGCUUUGAUGUUUGGGACAAUGUUCUGGGACCUUGGAUCCAAAAAGACAAAGCAACAAGAUUUGUUCAACGCAAUGGGUUCCAUGUACGCAGCUGUUCUCUUCAUUGGCGUCCAGAAUGCUUCAUCCGUGCAGCCAGUUGUGGCCAUUGAAAGGACAGUAUUUUACAGAGAAAGAGCUGCUAGAAUGUACUCAGAAAAGUCAUAUGCUAUUGCACAGGUCUUAAUUGAGCUCCCAUAUGUUUUUGCUCAAGCAGUUGUUUAUGGUGUCAUAGUUUAUGCAAUGAUUGGAUUCGAGUGGACUCCUACCAAGUUCUUUUGGUACCUAUUCUUCAUGUACUUCACGUUACUGUACUUCACCUACUAUGGGAUGAUGGCAGUGGCUGUGACUCCAAACCACCAUAUCGCUGCCAUUGUAUCCUCUGCCUUCUAUGGAAUAUGGAACCUCUUUUCUGGAUUCGUAGUUCCUCGUCCUAGGAUUCCUAUAUGGUGGAGAUGGUACUAUUGGCUAUGUCCAGUGUCUUGGACCCUAUAUGGAUUGGUGGUAUCACAAUUUGGAGAUUUGAAGAACCAAAUGGAAUCAGGCGAAACUGUUGAAGAAUUCCUGAAGAGUUACUUUGGAUUUAGACAUGAUUUUCUUGGAGUAGUGGCAGCUGUGGUUUUGGGGUUCACAGUACUCUUUGCAGCCAUCUUUGCUAUGUCCAUGAAGGUGUUUAAUUUCCAAAGGCGUUAGAGCUUUAUUAUGAAUUUUGUAUACAGAAGAAGCAAGUUAAAGCCUUAUAUUUUCGUGAUUUUCAAAAUAAGCGUCACAAUAAGGCUGGCAUUUCACU